ACAAUGGCUGCCUACAGUUACUAUGUUGUUAGUGCUCUCCCAGUGCCAGUAAGUUGCCAGCUGAGAGGUUAGUCCUCAGCAGUGUGUUACAGGGGCCACAUAAGACAUGCAGAUCCCAUGUUAAGGUGGUGGAGGCUUCAGACGAGAGCUGAAGAACCCAGCAGAAGCCUGGCAUCCCUGGCAGAGGAGCUGCCACCAUGAGGGGCACGGAGGAGAGGCAGAGGAUGAUCGUGGAGGAGAUCCCGGCUAACGAUGAAGAUGCUGAGGUGGAGCAGCUGAAAAAGACAUUAAAAGCACAACGGCAGAAAAGGAAGAAAGCGCUGAUAGAGAAUGUCAGAGACGCAGAAGCCGUGGAAGAUGCUGGGUCUUCUACUACACAAGGACAGCGCAAUUUGCCUCCAUUAAACAUCUCCAGUGCAAAGCCUAGCUUUGCGGAAUCUUCCAUGAGAGAACGGCUGCGAGAAAAACUGAAAGCUGGAAGGUCUAAAGCGGAGAGCAUACUCCAGCAAGAGUCACCAACCGUCUCACCACAAAGCCUUACUAGAUCCAGACUUCCAGAUGCCGGUCCAAGGUUUGGUGAAGAGCAGGAUGUCAUCCCUCUUCAGAAAGCAAAGGAUGUAGAAGCUCAACUAUCUUCAAAAGUAAGAUUCCGUGAUGCUGUGAAGACAAUCCAGAAAAAAUCUAAUGUCCCCGAUGGAUUUCCCACCGCAGAAGAAUCAUUCAACUUCUUUACUUUCAACUUUGAUCCUGAACUAGAAGCACAUACUGGGCAAGACCAAAAGAAAUCAGAAGACGCUCGCAGGACGGAGGACACUGUAGACUCUAGUUCAAAAGUUGAACAAGACCAAGAGGAAGAGGGAGAGGAAGGAAUGGGAGAAGCGGAGUCCUUGGUUCCUGAUGAUGACCUGUUUCUCAUUGACCAGACGGCACGUGACUUCAUAGAGUUGGUGGCUGCAGAAUACGAAGGCUACCACAGCCAGCUACAAAAAGAGAGAGACGUUUUAUUCGCACCAAGCUUUCGACAAGUGCCACCCAGCCAGAAGAUCCCUGAGAACAUGCAGCCAAGGUAUCUAGAAGAUGAGGGGUUAUAUAUUGGCGAGAAGCCAAAAGUAUCACGGACCAACCAGAACCUUCUGGAGAACCGGAUAUUACAGCAGGAUGAGGGCAAGAAAUGGUUUGGGGAUGAUGGGAACAUUUUGGCUUUGCCUAAUCCUAUAAAAGCCUCUCCUACAAGACCUCCGAUAUUCUUUCUGCAUGAAGGGAUAGACCCAGCCUUGGAGACCAUAUACGUGAAGGCUGUCCCGUCUAAGAAAUCACAUCAGUACAUGGUGGAGUCUGGAGGACUUCAAGGAGAGUUUCAAUUGGAUAUUGAUAUUUCAGGGAUCGUGUUUACCCAUCACCCACUUUUUAGUAGAGAACAUGUGCUAGCAUCCAAAUUAUCCCAACGGUAUGAUCAGUAUCUGAGAAGGAAGCAGAAGAACCUUUCCAACCUUCUAUCAGACAAGUUACAUGCACUGAGGAAUGCUGUACAAAAUAUUUCCACUGGAGGUGCCGCCCAUGUCUCCAACACAAUGGCUGAACAAAGUAUCUCAGAAUAUAAACUUGAAAUUAGGCAAACAAGGAAAUAUCGAGAUGCUGAACAAGAAAGAGACAGAGUUCUCCUCAAGUCCCUUAUUAAAGUUUGGAAAGAGAUAAAGUCCUUGCGCGAUUUUCAGAAGUUCACAAACACCCCAGUGAAGCUUUACUUGCGAAAGGAAGAAGUUAAUAGGAAAGUUGAUGAGGAAGCAUAUGAAGCUGAAAUUCUAGCCGAAAUAAAUGAGCUCAUGGAAGAAUAUACAGAGGAGUAUGAGAAGAAUGUGAAGCAAUACAAACAUGAUCUUCAGCAAUGGAAGGCGUGGAAAAGGGCACAGAAAAUGAAGAAUAAAAAGAAGACAGAGGGUGCGGAAGAUGAUGAUGAUGCAGAUAGUAGACAUCUUGGAGAAGAACCCACCAAACCCUUUCCCCCUGUUCUGGUGGACAGACAAGAGGUAGAACUACAGGUUCGUGAUAAGGCAGCUAACAUCAGGAGAAGACCUGGAGAACCUACUUUGCAUCCUGAACUGAGCCUUUCUGGAACCGUCACUCCUAAUAACAUGUGCCCAAGGGUAGAAGUAGUGAGACGUGAAGAUCUACAGAAACACUCCUUGUUCAUCAAGAUCCUUUUCAACAACAAAGAGGUGUCCAGAACUGUGACAAACCAGUUAGGGUCAGACUUCAGAGUCCAUCUUGGACAAAUCUUCAAUUUACAGAUUUAUAAUUGGCCGGAAAGCAUAAAGCUACAGAUCUAUGAGACAGUAGGACAUGGUGGUGGCACCCUGCUGGCCGAGGUUUUUGUACCCAUUCCGGAAACUGCUGUCUUAACUGGCAGAGCCCCAGUGGAGGAGGUGGAGUUCAGCAGUAACCUGAGGGUCAUGUAUGAUCAUGAAGGAGUUGGCAGUGAUGUUCCGUUUUCCUUUGAGGCUGAUGGAAGCAAUAAGGUGUCCUUAAUGACAUCUGGAAAAGUUGCAUACUGCGUAUCAUGGGCAGUGGGGGAGAAUGGGGUGCCACUGGUUCCCCCUCUUUCCCAGCAAAAUAUUCAGAGGGCCUUAAACAAUAUGGAUGCUGUGUCUUCAAUCGGGGCUUCUGGACUGACAGACAUGAAGAAAUUAGCCAAGUGGGCAGCAGAAUCCAAGCUUGAUCCCAAUGAUCCUAACAACGCAGCCCUUAUGCAACUCAUAAUGAUUGCAAACAGUGGGGAUGCCGAUGUUCCUGAGUUCUUCAGACUUGAGCAGCUGCAGAAGGAAUUUGACUUUGUGUCAGAAGAGGACCUCAGUAGAUCCAAACGACUGCGUCUUCUACAGCUCCGGAACCAGGAAGUGGCAGAAUUCCGCAACUACAAGAUGGUGCCCAUAAAGGAGCGGGAAAUUCCAGACAAGAUAUUCACGGAAUAUGAGAAGAAAUUGCGGGACCAGGAUAUGAGCACUGCAGAAACACACUUAGAUACACAUAGGAUCAUGGUUGCCAAAUACCUCCACAAGGUUAGGGAAUCUGUGAUAAACCGGUUCCUCAUCGCGAAGCAUCAUUAUAUUCUUUCGGACUUGGUUGUCGAAGAAGAGAUCCCUAGUCUUGGUAUCCUGGGAAUGGAUCUCUUCAAGUUAGCCGAGCCAAAACGUCCGCUGAAGCCUAGGAGAAAAGAGCGGAAGAAGGUCACCGCCCAGAACUUGUCUGAUGGGGACAUUAAAGUCCUGGUGAAUGUCAUCCGUGCUUAUGACAUACCAGUGAGAAAACCAACGAGCAGUAAACCAGCGCUGCCGUCCAGGUCAGCAAGAUCAUUUAAUGAGAUGUUCACAGCGUCUGCUUCCCCUCAAGGACAGGCCCAGACACCAGAGUGGUCGGUUAACCAGGUACUGGUCCGGCCUUUUGUAGAGGUUUCCUUCCAGCGCACAGUGUGCCAGACUUCAACAGCUGACGGUCCAAACCCAAACUGGAAUGAAGAACUGGAGCUGCCAUUCAGGGCUCCCAAUGGUGAUUACAGCACAGCCAGUUUACAGUCUGUAAAGGACGAUGUUUUCAUCAAUGUCUUUGAUGAAGUUUGCUUUGAUAUAUUAGAGGAUGAUCGUGAGAGAGGAAGUGCAAUCCACACCCGAGUGGAGAGACACUGGCUCGGAUCCAUCAGAAUUCCAUUUACUACCAUCUAUUUCCAGGCCAGGAUUGAUGGAACGUUUCGGAUUGAGACCCCACCAGUGCUCCUCGGAUACAGCAAGCAGCGCAGCCUGGGAAAUGAUGGUGGUUAUGAGUCAGUAAGAAGCCUGAGUCAGGGGUCCUUUCUGACACUUUUCAUCACUAUUGAACCUCAGCUUGUACCUGGAGAGCCCAUUAGAGAGAAGUUUGACAGUCGAGAAGAUGAGAAGUUGCUUCAGGCCGCAGAGAAGUUCCAAAGUGAAGCAGCAUUAAAGUUCCCCAGACGGCAAUGCCUGAGCACCAUCACGGAUAUUAACGGGACUACUGUGUUUGUGACGCGAUACAUCAAGGCCUUGAAGCCUCCUCAGGAGCUGCUUGAUGCGGACCCAAGUAAUGUGCAAGCAACGAGUGAGCUGCUGGCUCGAUACGUGUCAUUAAUUCCCUUCCUGCCGGAUAAUGUAUCGUUUGCUGGGAUCUGUAAUUUAUGGAGUACAUCUGAUCAAUUCCUUGACCUUCUGGCUGGAGACGAGGAAGAACACGCUGUGCUACUGUGCAAUUAUUUCCUGGCCAUGGGAAAGAAAGCUUGGCUUGUUAUAGGAAUCGCCAUCCCUGAGGGCCCCACUACUUAUGUGCUGACAUUAGAGCAGAACCAGUACAUCAUAUGGAAUCCAAGCAGCGGUUGCUUUUAUGCUCAAUAUGACACUUUUUGUCCAUUGCAAAGUGUUGGCUGCUUGAUUAAUGCUGAUAAUAUAUGGUUUAAUAUUCAACAAUAUGACUCUCCUAUAAGUAUAAGCUUUGACACAAGCCGUCCAAAGCUGUGGAAGCCAUUCUUCUCAAGAAGUUACCCGAAUCCUGGACUCCCCAGUGUGCAGCCAGAUGAACUGAUUUAUCAGCGCACAGAUAAGACUGCGGCCAUGGAGCUUCAGGACAGGAUUGAAAAGCUGCUGAAAGAGAAGAUAAUGGAAUGGAGACCAAGACAUCCCACCCGCUGGAACCGAUACUGCACAUCUACUCUCAGGCAUUUCCUUCCUUUAUUGGAACAGAACCAAGGCAAAGAUGUGGAGGAAGAUCACCGGGCAGAGCUGCAGCGUCAGCUGGGAGAUUAUAGGUUUUCAGGGUUCCCAAUUAACAUGGCCUUCUCAGAUGUGAGACCUCUCAUAGAGGCCGUGUACAGCACUGGCGUUCACAACAAUGAAGUUCCCAAUGUGGAGUUUGCCCUGGCUGUGUAUGUUCACCCCUACCCUAAGAAUGUCUACUCAGUAUGGAUAUAUGUUGCGUCUCUUAUUCGAAACAGAUGACCCGAGGAUGAAAUGUUGCAGACAAUAACCACCACGAUGUGCCGAGAUCAUUGCCAAACCUGCCUGGGUGGUGUUCUCCUGCUUCUCAGGCAGGUCAUCCUUUGGCAGGCGUACUAGAACCUACGUCACCUGUGAUAAACCUGUGAAAUUCUCCUGUGAUUCCCCACUUGACAUCUGUUGUGUUUUGCGGUUGAGAAACCAACAGGCUUUCAGUAGAAAUGAGAAGGAGAAUAAUGAACGGGGCAGAAGCUGGUGUUCACUGGUAUUUACAGUAUAUACCUGGCUCAUUGACUAAAAGUGCUGUCACUUUGGAAUUUAAAGGGUUGUAUGAUCUAAUUAAAAAAAUAAAUGUCUGCUUUCCUUCAAAAACAGCAACAUGGUUCAUGCUUGGUAUUGACGCUUAGCCCCUAUUCAGGUGGCGCUACAAUACCAGACACAGUCCAUACUGCUAUUUCUGAGAGAAAGCCGCCAUGUUUUCCUUUAUCCCAUAUGACCCCUUUAAUGGGGUUUUCCGGAAAAAAUUUACGUAUAAGAAGCACAUGAUUUUAAAAUGCACCUAGAGGACGAAAAAAAGAUUUUUCAUCAGAUCAGACCCCCAAUCUUCAUCACCACCCAAUCAGAUUUGUCAUUCUUUAUUAGACCCCCCAAACUUUAUCAGACCUGAGAUAAGACCCCAAAUCUCCAUCAGGCCUCAGAUCAGACAUAAAAUGCCUCGAGUGGCGUGCCCUCCUGCACUCACCACUCCCUAGUCUUCUUCCGUCCCUGUGCUGCACCAAGACCCAGCGUCAAACAAAGCCAGGUCAUAGUUCCGGCCUACGUGUGCUACGUUCUGAUGCUUUAUGCAGUCAGGACACAGUGCAGCUUGACGUCCAAUAGAAGACCAGGGAGCGGUGAAUGCAGACAGCGCUACACUCCUGCAUACCUAUGGAAGCGUUCAUUAUUAUUCUCUUUAUAAGAUGUACUGCCAUUGUUUCCCCACUUUUGGGGGAAAAAGUGCGUCUUAUGAAGCAAAAAAUUUAAAACCCGCAGCCUGUCUGUGUGAACAGAAAGUUCAUACUUACUUGCUCCCCGCCGCUCAGCUCCCUCUGCACUUCUUCUACUGUGUCCGAUUUCUGGUCUCUGCAGUGUUUGCAUCUGGUGCUGCAUGGUCACAUGCUCUGCUGCAGCCAAUAACUGGCUUCAGCAGUGAUGUGUCGCUUAUGGCCCUAUAACCGCUGAAGCCAUUAUGAGUUUUCUGUUUACAGAUGCAGGCUGCAGGCAUUAGAUACAAAGUAAUUAUUCCUUGAAAACCCCUUUAAGGUCCAUUAAGAAUGGGUAAUGGUGCAGCAGAAAGCUGCCCUGUUCCUGUACCAUGUCAAAAUGUAGCCAAACUGGGCUAAUUUCUGCUCUGAAUGAAGUUUUCCAUAGAAAUAGUUCUAGGAAAUUCUCUUCUCUGCAAUUGCAGUUUUUACUAGAUUGAGGAUUGGGCUAGCCCAACAAGCCAUAACACAUACAGUGGGUUGAAUGAAAUGUAGCAUGACAUUAAAACCUUCCCGUUAUCAAAGGGG